CUACAACUCAAAUGCACUUCACUCAUUUGUAGGUGAAAGGUCGUCGGCGUUUCUUUUCUAUAUAGUGUUGGCAAUUUUGUUUUAUCCCUGCACCACGCUUUCUUUAUUACGGUUAGUAUGGUCGAACAUUUUGUUACGUGUAAAAGGGUCAGAGAUGGGGAAGCUGUGUGUUUUCUUUUUCGUGUCUCUGACACUCAUCGCUGUCCUGCAUACUGACUCUACGUGGGCCAAGAGGAGCGGUAGCAGCAGUAGCGGCAAGAAAACCUCCAGCAGCAAGCCAUCAAAAACUACAAACACUCAGUCAAAUUACCCCAGACAGCCACAAACUCCCAACAGGAACCCCAACCCUUACCCUGCAGGUGGUAGUUAUCCUGGGAAAGGGGGAACCAAUCAAAAUCCUAACCAGCAGUACCCUCCAGCAGGUGGCUUCCCUGCGGCAGGUGGCUACCCUGCGGCAGGUGGCUAUCCCAACCAGAACCCAGGAAGGGGAGGCGUAAAUCCAGGAGGUUAUCCAAACCAGAACCCUGGGGGCGGUUAUCCUGCCGCUGGCGGUUAUCCUGCCGCUGGCGGUUAUCCUGCCGCUGGUGGCUAUCCCGCUGCUGGUGGCUAUCCCGCUGCUGGUGGCUAUCCCAACCAAGGCAGAGGAGGAUACCCUAACCAGUACCCAGCAGCAGGAGGUUACCCGGCCGCCGGAGGCUACCCCAACCAGUACCCUGCCGCCGGAGGAGGAGGAGGCUGGGGUCAGCCAGGUGGUUAUCCGGGUGGAGGCUAUGGAGGAGGAUACCCCAACAGGAACCCUGAUAGUAAGAUUCUCAGCCCCCGCUAUGGAGGAGGAGGAGGUUAUGGAGGGGGUUAUGGACAGGGUGGGGGUUAUGGACAGGGUGGGGGUUAUGGACAGGGUGGGGGUUAUGGACAGGGUGGGGGUUAUGGACAGGGUGGGGGUUCACCCUUUUCACGCUCGGUUCAAGGCAUGGGCUACAACCCCUCUCAGCAAUCUCAGGGCUUUGCCAAGAAGGCUAUGAUGGCAGCUGGUGUCGGAGCCGUGGCAGGGAUGGCUAUCGGCUACGGGCUCGGCCGCUAUCCCAAGCCACACUUUAACUUCCGUAAUCCAGAGGAGGAGCAAUAUUACAACAACUACAUGUACCGCCGUUACGGGUCGAAAUCCACCGACGAAAACGACUUCGGGCGCGACUACGUCUUCAACCCCCCAGCGGAGGCGCAGACCUAUGUCAGCUUUAUGGACACCUGCAUGAAAAGGACGGACCUUUUUCAGAAACAGGACGGCGGCGUACAGGUUACCCCUAGCAACCAGGGCAUACAGAAGAUAAACCCUCAGGGUGACGGAGACAACAGCCCAAACGUGACUGAGACGCCGAAUCCUCCGACUCCCAGUGAGCGGGGCGGGGCGGCACCAGAGGAUGACGGCGACGUCGUCGGGAUCGAGGAGAUCGGCUACCCAGCCUUGGUGGAGCAAAUCAAGGCGCGGCGUUGUGUGGAGCUCUACAUGAACUACUCGGAGAGAUUCCUGCAGAAACAGGCGGCGCAGCGCAUGAGCGAAUCCCAGCCUAGCCGUAGCAAUCAUCUCAGCCAAGGGCUCAUCCGGCAGGUCGCGAUCCUCUUCAUGGUCCUGAGCAGUACUCUUCUCUUGCACUAAAUCCAGGACACGCAUGCACAAAGCCCUCGAGGAUAUCCACAUGUCCUACACUAACCUCAUCACCGGGUUGAUCGAUGAGGGUAGGAUGGGUCACACACGAGUAACUAGGAAGGGACAGGGACAGGGACAGGCCUCUCAGCCAAAGAAUGAGGUCAUUCGUUAACUGACACAAAUUUCAAAAGUUUAGGGACAGUGAGACAUGGAAGGAGUCAGGGUGUCACAUCAUUUAGCCGAGCCUUUAUGAGGUUUUUGAUAUCUUUUUAACUCUCUUGACCCCAUCGCAUUGUACUACUGUAAAGUUUGCACUAAUUCCAUUUUUAGUUGGUUUUCUUAUUGUAGGUGCAGUUUAUUUUUUUAGUAUUUAUUGUCUUCAUAUUUUGGCAUCCAGUUGUGGUAGAGCAGCUUGAAUCCCAGUACUUUUAAGAAAACACUGUAUUUACAUGAAAUAAUAAUAGGUCCGUGCAAAUGCAUGAUAACAUACUGUAUACUUUGUGCAUUUAUAUGUAUUAAACCCUGUUGUCACUAAUAUAAUCCUUUCCAUUGCAAGUUUGUUCAUUGACUGUAAACAAAACAUACCUUAUGUAAUCAGGAAAACGCUAAACAGUAUUACGCAAACAUAAUAUACUUAUAUACAACUAUCAUUGUAGUAAUGUACGAUUUCACGGAAACGUCUUAAUUAUAGCCAUCUGGUAAGCGGCAAUGUAUGAACUCUUUAGGGCAGAUCUCUGCAAUUGAACUGUGUCUGUGUCUUGUGGUCUCCUUGUGGCCUCCAUGUUCAUGGUGGUCAGUUUUGUAAACACUUUCUCAUUGAAAGAAGUGUGCGUUUUCAUUGUUUGUCCACUCCGUUUGCAAUCGUCUCCCUCCCGUCUCCACUGCACUCCAGAUGUCUUGCCCUGCUUUCCUUAUCUGAAGUGCACUUAUUUCACUUCACUCAAGGAUCAAUAUUCGAUGAAAUAUAAUUUUUUUUCUCAAGCAUGUACCAGUUGACAUGACAUCGGCUGUAACUUAGAAAUAAGAUGUCUUUUUAUUGCUCUUUAGAAUGUAUUCCUCCAAUACUGCUAUGACUUUGGUAUGCUUAAAGUCUUGAAGGUCAAA